UUUUUCCUGCCUCUUUCGGCCGUGUUUUGUUUUUGUUUUUCCUUUGUCUCCCUCCCCCCCCAUCCUCGUCUCUAGUGUUGGGAUUAUUGGUGAACGAAAGUACAGCCUCAAGAUGGCUGAUGGCAACGAGGAUCUGCGGGCGGACGACUCGCCAGGGCCAGCCUUGGAGAGCGAUGAGUCUGUGGAGCUCGCCUGCCCCGCGGAGCGCAGCGGCCACGUAGCCGUCAGCGACGGGCGCCACAUGUUCGUGUGGGGUGGCUACAAGAGUAAUCAAGUCAGAGGACUAUAUGACUUUUAUCUCCCUAGAGAAGAAUUAUGGAUCUACAACAUGGAGACUGGAAGAUGGAAGAAAAUGAACACUGAAGGUGAUGUACCCCCUUCUAUGUCAGGGAGCUGUGCUGUGCUCGUAGAUAGGGUACUAUACUUGUUUGGAGGACACCAUUCAAGAGGCAAUACAAGUAAGUUCUACAUGCUGGAUUUAAGAUCUACAGACCGAGUGCUACGGUGGGAAAGAAUUGACUGCCAAGGAAUUCCUCCAUCCUCCAAGGACAAACUUGGUGUCUGGGUAUAUAAAAACAAGUUAAUAUAUUUUGGAGGGUAUGGGUAUUUACCUGAAGAUAAAGCACUGGGAACUUUUGAAUUUGAUGAAACAUCUUUUUGGAAUUCAAGUCAUCCAAGAGGAUGGAAUGAUCAUGUACAUAUUUUAGAUACUGAAACAUUUACCUGGGGCCAACCUUUAACUACUGGUAGAGCACCUUUACCUCGUGCUGCCCAUGCCUGUGCAACUGUUGGAAAUAAAGGGUUUGUGUUUGGAGGCAGAUACAGAGAGGCUAGAAUGAAUGAUCUUCACUAUCUUAAUCUGGAUACAUGGGAGUGGAAUGAAUUAAUUGUACAAGGCAGAGUCCCAGUUGGCCGAUCCUGGCAUUCACUCACACCAGUUUCUUCAGAUCACCUUUUUCUCUUUGGAGGAUUCACUACUGAAAGACAGCCACUUAGUGAUGCCUGGACUUACAGUAUCAGUAAAAAUGAAUGGAUACAGUUUAAUCAUCCCUAUACAGAAAAACCAAGAUUAUGGCAUACAGCUUGUGCCAGUGAUGAAGGAGAAGUAAUUGUGUUUGGUGGGUGUGCAAACAACCUACUUGUCCAUCACAGAGCUGCACACAGUAAUGAAAUACUUAUAUUUUCAGUUCAACCAAAAUCUCUUGUAAGGCUAAGCUUAGAAGCAGUUACCUGUUUUAAAGAACUGUUAGCUAAUGCAUGGAAUUGCCUUCCAAAACACUUACUACACAGUCUUAAUCAGAGGUUUGGUGAUAGUAACAAUACUUCUGGAUCCUAACAACUCACAGAAAAUGCCUCUGGUCACCUUGCAUGGACAGCAAUUCUUUAAAAACCACAGUGUGGCAUAAUUUGUAUAUCCAUGGUUGUAGGUUGGAGCUAUUUUAUUUUAAUGUGCAUGUGAAUGGCCUAGAGAAUCUAUUUUUCUGAAAUGUUUGCAAUAAAUAAAUGUAUUUAACACCA